AUGCAUGUGAGAUGUUGCGCUCAUGUUCUGAAUUUGAUAGUGAAUGAAGGAAUUAAGGAGAAACAAACUUCAAUUGAAAGCAUUAGAAAUGCUGUCAGGUGGAAUUCUACCUAUCUAAUGUUGGAACAUGCUGAGAAAUUUGAAAAAGCUUUUGAUAGACUUUUUGAUCAAGAACCUGAUUUUCUUAGAUGGUUUGGAGAGGAUAGUGGGGGAAAAAGGAAAGUUGGUCCACCUACAACACUUGAUUGGCAACAUGCUAGAUUAUUCAUUGAGUUUUUGAGAAUCUUUUAUGAAAUAACUUUGAGUUUCUCUUCUUCUUUGCAUGUUACAUCAAACAAAUGUUUUCAUGAAAUUGCAUCUAUUGCUUCUCAAUUAACAUCUUGGAGCCAAAGUCAUUCUGAAUUAUUAGGGUCUAUGGCAUGUUCUAUGAAGACUAAAUAUCAUAAAUAUUGGGGACCUGUUGACAAAUUUAAUCCGUUGUUACUUGUUGCUGUUGUAUUGGAUCCUCGUUAUAAAUUAGAUUAUCUCUGUUGGUGUUUGGAGGAUGUUUAUGACAAGGAAGUGUCUACUAAUAUGACUGGUUUUGUUAAAUUAACAUUAGAGACUUUAUAUAAGUUUUAUGAAAAGGAGGUUGUAGAUGAUAAAGGAAGGGAGGAUGGUGGAAGUUCAUCUAGAGAUGUCUUGGAUGAUAAUACUAAAGUCUCAACUGGUGCUAAGGGAGUUUCUGAAAAUAGAGUGAAUAUGUGGAAAAAGCAAAAAAGAGAGAAGGCUAAUGCAGAUAGCAAGUCAGAUGUGGAGAGAUAUCUGGCCAAAGAUACUGUAGAAGAUGAGAAUUUUGAUAUAUUGGCUUGGUGGAAAGUGAAUGCUUCAAAAUACAGAGUUCUUUCUCUCUUAGCACGUGACGUCUUAGCUCUUUGUCACCAUUAA